AUGUCUACUGCCCCGGUUCGCCGAUCAGGACUGCAGCAGGACGUUCUGAACCUCUACCGCCAAUGCUUCCGAGCUGCGAGACUGAAGCCAGAGGCAAACCGACCUCACUUUCAUGCAUUCAUCAGGAUGCAGUUCCGAAAGCACUCUGAGGUCAAGCAGCGCGACUUUUCCACCAUCGAGUACCUUCUUCGCACGGGCAAGAGACAGCUGGAGGCCUAUUCUGCCCCGAGCAUCGAGGAUGUUACCGUGUAG